AUGCCGCUCAGCAGCGAUGGUUUCGAGCGACCUGAGACCAUCGAGCUCUCUGGUUCACCCAGAGAGAUCGGGCUCAAACAUGGCCGUUUCCUAGCGCCCAAGAUCCGCAGCCAAAUUCAAGUCUACACGGCCAUGUUCCGGCAGACCUCUCACCUGUCGUGGCCAGACGUCCGCAUCAUAGCGGAGGCGUACAGCGAAACGAUCCGGAAAUUGACCCCAGAUCUUCACGUUGAGAUGGCUGGCAUUGCUGACGGCGCGGAUCUCGAACUCCUCGAUAUCGUGGCUCUGAACUGCAGAAGUGAGAUUGCGCUUGGCUUGUUUUCGGAUGGGUGUACGAGUCUGGGGUGGAAGAGACAGAGUGGUGAGGUGCUGCUGGCCCAGAACUGGGAUUGGACGGAGAGGGUGAAGGAGAACCUAGUGAUGAUGUCCAUUGAACAGCCCAAGAAGCCGAAAAUCUACAUGGUCACCGAGGCAGGCAUCAUUGGCAAAAUCGGCUUCAACACCUCGUCCGUAGGCACGAACCUCAAUGCCAUCCGCGCCCGCCCAACAGAUCCAUCCAAGCUCCCCAUCCACGUCGCCCUACGUGUCUGUCUCGAAUCUUCUAGCACGGCGUCCGCAAUUUCCACCUUGGAGUCACUCGGGGGCAUCGCAUCCUCAGCGCAUAUCCUGCUCGCCGACGCCUCUGGGCCCAUCUCCCUAGAGCUCUCGCCUCAAGGAAACACGUAUAUCGAGCCCAGUAUCCGCGGCAUUAUCUGCCACACGAAUCACUUCAUUCAGAACCGGUUCGUGCAGGAGCCUGAAUGGUUGAGCGGGAGCCCUAUCCGGUUAGCAAGAUGCCAGCAGCUGACGACAGAAUUGGAUGAGAGUGGUAUCAAGGUUGACGCGGAGGUAUUGCGAGAGAGAGUGUUCUCGGAUGGGUUUAAUAAGCCAGAGGCUAUUUGCUGCGAGGAGGAUCCGAAGCGGGCGGUUGAGACGAGGAGCAGCACGCUUUUCAAUAUUGUCAUGAAGUUCCAGACCGGGGUGGACGCUAGCGGUGAAGUCGUCUGGGGGAGGCCAGGGAGUGGUGAAGAGGGAGGUGUAUUGAGGAUGCCUUGGUGA